AUGAUGUUUCCCAACUACCUGCUCCGCUUCAUCGUGCUAUUUUCAGGGAUCCCGACACUCGCUUUCGUACAGCAGCAAAACAGCGACAGCCAGCUUCCAGUCUCGGUCUUUACACUUCCUUUGGAUAACGGAUCUGAGAACUACACAUUCGCUCUUAAUCUCCCAUCCGACUCCGAAGAGGUUUACUUUCGUCUCGCUGGUCCGGCCAUAUAUUCUUGGAUCGCGGUUGGAACGGGAUCUGAAAUGAAGGAUUCGCUCAUGUUGCUCGUCUACCUGGACAGCGCUGGAAGUAACGUGACACUCAGCCCCAGGUUAUGUACCGGCGAAACGGAACCGGUGUUUUCAUCAUCCCUCGAUGUCGAGAUAUUGUCUCGCACUGGAGUGGUCAACAACACUAUGACUGUCAAUGGCCGAUGUUCCAACUGUCGAAGCUGGAAUACCGGUUCACUGGAUGUGAACAGCACAACUCAACCGUGGAUAUACGCUCUGGGUCCCGAUUCGUCAACUUAUGCCACGUUUAAGAGUGACUCCAAGUUAGCUAGCAUCGAACGGCACUCUCUUUAUGGUCGAUUUACUAUGAAUAUGGUUCAGGCGACCGGUGGUGACAGUAGCAAUAGCAUCUCGUCUAUGCAAUUCACGACUUCUACCGGGUCAGCGGAGGUCGGACAACCGGACAACGACAGCAACUUGCCCACGAUCAUCCACGCUGUGGUGAUAUGUACGGCAUUUAUUGCAAUCAUGCCAGGAGGUAUCAUCAUGCUGCGCGUCAUCCCUGCGAGUGUGCGGUGGCACUGGGUGAACCAGAGUGUCGCAGCAAUCUUGGCUGGUAUUGGCGGAAUUUUGGGCCUCUGGCUGAGCACUAUGUUCAACAAGUCCAAACACUACAACUCAGCACACCAGGUGCUAGGACUGAUCUGUGUCAUUGCAACCUUUAUACAGUGGGGGCUUGGCUUCUGGCAUCAUAGGCAAUAUAAACGCACUCUGAAGUCGACGAAAUACGCCCCUACACAUCGGUAUUUGGGUAGAUUUAUUAUUCCCCUGGCUAUUGUAACCGGGGGCAUAGGUCUGACGUGGUCAUAUGCGUCUAGAGGGGUUGUGAUUGGGUAUGUAGUUGCGGUGAUUGUAUUGGCCGUUGCCACUACUAGUUCUGUAAUGUGGAAGAGUUAUGCCUCUCUUCGGUCACAAAGGACACAGAUGACCGUAGACGAGAGGGAGAUAGGGUCAUCUCCAGCGAAAUAUGUACAGAAUUACCGCUUAGACUCUGGCACGGUACUCACGGAUUUCCCUCAACCGAUGGGGACUCGAUGA